CCCGUUUCCAUUGCUUUCCCGGGGCGCGAUAAAAGGCAAUUGGCGGGGGGCACUGAUGAUUGCGCGAUAAUCCGCUGCAGGAUAAAAGGGCACCGCACCGCGAAUGUGCUUUCCAUCGAGACGCCAAAAGGCCAACUUCACCGACGACGAGCAGAAACAGCCCGCCUCCUCCAACUCGAAACCCCCCGCUGCUGCUUCUACUGCCCCCGCUGCACCUGCCGUGAUGUCUUCUCCAAAGGUCGCUAUUGUUAUCUACUCGCUGUACGGCCACAUCGCCAAGCUCGCCGAGGCUGUCAAGUCCGGUAUCGAGAGCGCUGGCGGCAAGGCCCAGAUCUUCCAGGUCCCCGAGACGCUGUCCGAGGACAUCCUGAAGCUCCUCCACGCCCCGCCCAAGCCCGACUACCCGAUCAUCACGCCCGAGCAGCUCGCCACCUUCGACGCCUUCCUCAUCGGCAUCCCCACGCGGUACGGCAACUUCCCCGCGCAGUGGAAGGCCUUCUGGGACGCCACCGGCCAGCUCUGGGCGACCGGCGCGCUCGCGGGCAAGUACGCCGGGCUGUUCGUCUCCACCGCGUCCCCCGGCGGCGGGCAGGAGUCCACCGCGAUCGCGGCGAUGUCCACCUUCGCCCACCACGGCCUCAUCUACGUCCCCCUCGGCUACAAGCACACCUUCGCGCAGCUCACCAACCUCAAUGAGCUCCGCGGCGGUUCCCCGUGGGGCGCCGGCACCUUCGCCGGCGGUGACGGCUCCCGCCAGCCCACGCCCCUCGAGCUCGAGGUUGCCACCAUCCAGGGCAAGACUUUCUACGAGACCGUCUCCAAGGUCAAGUUCUAAGCGAUGGGGUGUAGAGGUUGACGAUCGCAUGUAUAGAAGGACUGUAACAACUUAAUCAUAUAUCGCACCAUUGAUUGUAUGUAUAUUCUUACAAUGCAUUUUUGAUUCGAAUCAGCUAUAGAGUGGGCGCUGGCUAUUCGUGAAGGAACGUCGUGACGACACGGUUCGACUGGCGAUGACAGAGCACGUACUUGCGUUCAAGUCGCGCUCAAGCGGGUAGGGUGAGGCCACAACAUUUUCGAGUGUCGAAAGACGGUAGCGAUCGCACUAAUGAUCUCCAGCUUUGCCCUCCGGCCGUCUAGUCUUAAACACCGCUCUAUUCCUCACUUCAUCUACAAUCCUCCUCGCAUUCUCCACGCCCUCCCCCUCACCACCUUUCCGCCUGCCUACAAUCGCCCAAUUUCGCGUGCUCGGUAUCCUCAGCGCAUCGCACUCCACCUCCCACCCACACCACGCACUCAGCGCCGCGAGCCAAAUCCGGUACGCCGCGUACGCGCUCGUAUUAUUCCCGUCCGCGCCGAGCCCCAACUCCUCCGCGAACCGCGAAUCGUGCGCCGGCACCGGGAACAGCGCCGCCUUCGCCGCCGACCGCGUGAAGCGCGCGUCGAACGCCCACGCGCAGCACGGGAUGCUGAGGUACCCCGCCGCGCCGCUGAGGGCGGCGAGCACGGGCACCCAGGGCGACAGCUCGUCUGCGUGGUUGCCGAUGAGGAAGACGCCGGGGGCGAGGUACGGGUCGCGCGCCGGGGAGGUGGGGUCGAGCGCGUGCACGUGCAGCGCGGCGCGCGUCGCGGGGGGGUAGUGCGACCAGGAGAGGCGCGCGCGCACGUCGACGCCGUGGCCGGCGUAGCCCUCGGCUGUGAGGAUGUGCACGAGAAGCCCGUUCCCGCAGCCCAAGUCGAGGAAUCCUCCGGGAGGGCGAGGCCAGUCGUCCCAUGGUCUGUCACUUUCCACAUUCACCUUCUCCACAUUCUCGGUCGGAGCUGUGGCAGACGCAAACGUGUCUUUCCACAACAGCAUCAAAUACGUCGCAAUACCAAUAUCCUCGAAGACAUGCUUCAGCGGAUCCGUGCCCUCGCACCACUCGUCCACGCGCCACUUGUGUCUUUCCCUCAUCACGAGGUAGAGGUCCUGGUACGCCUCUCUCGGCA